AUGGCAGUUCAAAACUUAAAGCCUAAUGUUAAUUCAUCUUCUUCAAUUCAUAAUGCUGAUUUGAUUAAAAGUGUUCGUGAUAAAAAUUUAAAGAGUUUAUUGGCGCGGCAGAAGCUCCAUCUUGUUCUUGAUUUAGAUAAUACUCUUCUUCACUCGAAUCCUAUGAUAAAGUUAACCAAAUACGAUCGUGAUUAUUUACAACGCUCUGGACAUAAUGAUCAUUGGGUUACAAAAUUGAGGCCUAAUGCUGAAACGUUUCUUAAAGAAGCCAGCGCACUAUUUGAGUUUUCAAUUUUAACGUUUGGAACUCGCAAAUACGCAAGGAAAAUGCUUAAACUACUUGAUCCCGAGGAGUUGUAUUUUGCUAAUUCACAAGUGAUCGCAAGAGAGGAUAUCCGUUCAAAACCAUUGAAGAAGGGGUUCGAUCUUGUAUUGUCACACGAAAGGGUUGUUUUAGUGGUUGAUGAUAUAAAAGAAGUAUGGGAAGACGACAAUGCUAAGAAUUUGAUCAAAAUAGCUCCGUACAAGUUCUUUGAUGAUGAAUCCUCGAGUAAGAAAUCUUGGUCACGAAAUUGGGCAGAUGAAAGUGAAAAGUACGGAGAACUCGCUAGGGUUUUAAGAGAGUUAAAGAAGACACACAAAGAAUUCUACAACAUAGAGGAUGAACAAGAUUAUGAAAGUCGUGAUGUAAGAGAUGUAAUUGAAGAGGUAAAGAGAAAGUUCCUUUUGCAAGGGACUAAAGAAGGGACGAGUAAACAUGCAAAGGAAAUGAUUAAUGAGAUUGAUGAAUGCUUCAAAUCAAUGGGGUUGAAUUGUCGUACAAAUGGACCAAACGUUAUAGUUCAGACUAAUCAUAUGGUUAUGUAA